GAUAGAACCGGGUCCAAUCGAGUGCCAAACACCAUGUCGCAAGCCGGCUUCCAGAAUCUCACCAUUGAGACACUGGCCAUUGGCCAAAAUCAAUGUGGAGCCGCUGUUUCUCCACAUGCCAUCGGAUUAUUUAGUGGAAUGGUGACCGUUCUUCUGCAAUCUCUUCUAUCAGCCCAGUGCCUAAUUUCACCAGCCAGCCAAUGGCCAGCGGACUACGGAGGUGACUUGAGUAAACCCUAUGACUUUGUGGUCAUUGGAGCAGGAUCCGCGGGAUCCGUGGUGGCCAGCCGACUCAGCGAGAAUCCCGAGUGGAAAGUUCUCGUCCUGGAGGCAGGCGGAGAUCCACCCGUCGAAUCCGAGUUACCAGCUUUAUUUUUUGGCCUACAGCACUCGGAGUUUACCUGGAACUAUUUCACAGAACCCAGCGACAAGUCCUGUCAGGGAAUGAAAGAUGGUCGCUGCUAUUGGCCGCGAGGCAGGAUGUUGGGUGGAUCUGGAGCAGCUAAUGCCAUGCUGUAUGUGCGGGGAAAUCGCAAGGACUUUGAUGGCUGGUCGGCGAUGGGAAACAAGGGCUGGAGUUACGAUGAGGUUCUGCCCUUUUUCGAACACUCUGUGACCCCGCAGGGAAAUGCCACCCAUCCCAAGGGUUAUGUGACCCUGAGUCCCUUCGAGCGACAGGAUGACCCGAUACACCAACUUAUUAUCGACGGAGCUCAGGAGUUGGGAGUUCCUUAUGUUAAGAGAUUCGAGGAGGGCAGUGAAACGGGCUAUGCCCAUGUACCUGGAACCGUGAGACAAGGUCAAAGGAUGAGCACAGGCAAGGGUUACUUGGGUGCAGUGUCCAAAACUAGACCCAAUCUGCAUGUGGUCAAGAAGGCCACGGUCACCAAGUUGAAUUUUGAUGGGAAAGUGGUAACCUCGGUUAGUUUCGAAAGGGCUGGUGUUAGCCACCAAGUGAAGGUCACCAAGGAAGUCGUACUCUCUGCAGGCGCUAUCGAUUCGCCAGCUCUUCUCUUGCGUUCCGGUAUUGGUCCUAGGCAGCAAUUGGAGGAUUUGAAUAUACCCGUACAGAUAGAUCUUCCAGGAGUUGGACGCAAUCUUCAGGAUCAUGUAAUUGUCCCCCUCUUUCUGAGACUGGACGAAGGUCAGGCUGAGGUCAUCACCGAGAAGGACAUGCUCGAUGGGAUCUAUCAGUACCUCAUCCAUCGCCGGGGACCCUUGGCCACCCACAGCACAGCCUCCUUGGUGUCUUUUAUUAACACAAAUAAGAGUAGUAACAGUGUGUAUCCAGAUACGGAGAAUCAUCACCUAUUCUUCCAGAGGGGAAACCAUGCCUCCUUAGAACUUUUCACCAAGGGUUUGUACAUCCAGGACUCAUAUAUAGAGACGCUGCAAGGUUACCUCAGGGACUCCCAUCUACUUUGUGUCUUUGUUCUACUCUCCCAUCCUAUGGCCAGGGGUGAAUUGCACCUGAAGAGCACAGAUCCCAAGGAUCCACCCAUCCUAACCAGUAACUACUUAACGGAACCAGAGGAUGUGGCCACCUUGAUGAGGGGAAUUCGCUACAUUGAAUCCCUAGAGCAGACCAAAUCACUGCGGGAUCACCGGGCUGAGAUGGCCAGGAUUCCCAUUGCGGAGUGUGACCAACUGGGGAACUACCGCAGUGAGGAAUACUGGCGAUGCUAUGCCCGGUACUUCACCAUCACCUGUUACCAUCAGUCGGGAACCGUGAAAAUGGGUCCCUCCUCCGAUCCCGAGGCCUGUGUGAGUCCCCGUCUGAGGGUCCAUGGAACAGAAAACCUCAGGGUGGCCGAUGCCAGCAUUAUGCCAGCCGUUGUGAGUGCCAACACCAAUGCGGCCACUGUGAUGAUCGGAGAAAGGGUUGCCCACUUCAUCCGAGAGGAUAACCUGGGCAGUGUGACUGGCGCCAAUGGGGGUAAAUGGGUGCCGCACAUGCAUGCGGAUGACUUCUAGUUUGAUGAUUCCGAACAGGGAAUCAUCAACUGGCAAGUUGUCAACAAGUUGUCGAUAUCAAACUGCAGUACAUUAAGUGGAAAUCGAUUCACGGACAACACAAUUAGGUAAAUUAAACUAUGUGAACUGUGGCACCUUUCACUUCGCUUUAUAAAGGUUCUACCUAUUUCCAAAACUGUUAAGCAGAUAUUAUAAUUGUACAAUGUACAUAGUUAUGCAUUCUA